CAGACAAUCCUAUGAGUAGGAUUGUAUUCCACGUGACCUCACAUCACGUGCAUUAUGUGAGGCGUAUUAUGGGAAGUACGUGUGUACAUGCUUCAUUGCUCCCACCCGUUCCGCCGCCCCAACUCCAUGCAAAAACGCCGGACUUUUUCGGCUGCGAAGAGGGUAAUGUUGCCGUGAAUUGCUUCAGAUCUCCACUCAUUCCCUAAAUUUCUCAACACACCUGCAAAAAUGGCCGCUCGAAGCGCAGCCCUCAAGCUCGACUGGGCGAAAGUCACCUCCUCGCUGGGCCUUCGGGGCCAAACCGUCGCAUCGCUGCAGGCGUUCAAGCAGCGGAACGAGAACGCGCGCCGCAAGGUGCAAGCGCUGUCGGAGCUGCCGACGACGGUGGACUUCGCGCACUACCGGUCGCUGCUGAAGAACCGGGCGGUCGUCGACGAGAUCGAGAAGCGGUUCACGAGCUUCCAGCCGGCCCGGUACGACGUUGGGCGCCAGCUCAAGGCCAUCGAGGCCUUCGAGGUCGAGGCCGUGAAGAACGCCGAGGCCACCAAGGAGAAGGUCCAGCUCGAGCUCAAGGACCUCGAGGCCACCCUGAAGAACAUCGAGACUGCCCGGCCGUUCGACGAGCUCACUGUGGACGAAGUCGCCGCCGCCGAGCCCUCGAUCGACGAGAAGACGGCACAACUCUUGGCGAAGGGUCGCUGGGUCGUUCCCGGAUACAAGGAGAAGUUCGGCGACCUCUCGGUGGUAUAGGCGCGAGCAUCAUCAAUGGCAGCAGCAUCGCGCGAGCCGCAGCCGAACCCACUGCUGCUCUCGUUUCCCCCGCUUGUGUACUACGUUAUCUAGCAUUGUAGAUAGGAGGCUGGUAAGGAAGAGGUACGGGAGAUGGGAUGAGAAUUGCAGAAACUGUCGAACGCCGCC